UUUUUUCCUUCUCUAGAUUGACUCUCUUGGAAACCUUUUUCCAUAAAAUAUUUUAUUACGGCUUUAAAAUGGAAUCCAUUUACUUGGGAAUCUAAACAGCGGGGCACCUCAGUACCUCACCAUGAUUUAAUGCUGGCGAGGGAAAAACUUUAGAGAUCCAUAUCCUUUGUUUUCAUAUGGCUUUGGUUGGCUUUGGUUUGCUUCAGUUUAUAUUGAUCAAUCUUGCUCCUGGAGCCGUUGAAGUGGAGCUGCCAUGAGUAACCACAUGCAAAACUGGGAACUCGACAAAACGAAGGGAAGAUUUACUGCACUGUUUAUAACCUGGCUGCUUGGAAAUGGAUCCCUUUUCUCAUGGAGUAGCAUGUUGACCAUUGGGGAUUAUUAUGCUUAUCUCUUUCCGAGGUACCAUCCAACGAGAGUACUCACGCUUGUUUAUCAACCUUUUGCCCUUGGAACAACAAUGAUACUAGCAUAUCACGAAGCAAGACUUAAUACUAGACGUCGAAACCUGUUAGGAUACUCGCUCUUCUUCUUAAGUUCACUUGGCCUAAUUGUGUUAGAUUUAGCAACAUCUGGUAAAGGUGGGCUGGGUAUCUUCAUUGGUGUAUGUAUAGCGAGUGGAGCAUUUGGUGUAGCAGAUGGUUACACUCAAGGAGGAAUGGUUGGUGAUUUAUCUUUAAUGUGCCCAGAGUUUAUUCAAUCUUUCAUGGCUGGGCUCGCAGCUUCUGGGACUCUUACUUCUGCUUUGAGAUUAAUCACAAAAGCAGCAUUUGAGAGUUCAGAUGAUGGUCUUCGCAAGGGAGCAAUGUUGUUUCUUGCAAUCUCAACAUUCUUUGAGCUACUUUGCGUCUUUCUCUACGCAUUUAUGUUUCCUAAAUUACCAAUCGUCAAAUACUACCGAGCAAAGGCUGCUUCUGAAGGAUCAAUGACAGUUAUAGCUGACCUUGCUGCUGCAGGCAUUCAAUCAUCAGUAAAGGAUGCAACUGCGAUGGAGGAUCCGAAGCAGUUCGAGCGCUUAAGUAACAAAGAACUGCUAGUUCAAAAUAUUGAUUAUGCUCUCGACCUCUUCCUGAUAUAUGUUGUGACACUGUCAAUCUUCCCUGGUUUCUUAGCCGAAGAUACAGGUUCUCACAGCUUGGGUUCAUGGUAUACACUCGUUUUGAUUGCCAUGUACAAUGUCUGGGACCUUGUGGGUAGAUAUGUACCUCUUCUGAAGCCGAUCAAGUUGGUAUCAAGGAAAGGUCUCAUAUUUGCCAGUCUCUUGCGUUUCCUAUUCAUCCCAGCAUUCUAUUUCACAGCCAAACAUGGAGAUCAAGGGUGGAUGAUAAUGUUGACAUCCGUCUUAGGAAUCAGCAACGGCUACCUCACUGUUUGCGUUCUUACAGAAGCACCAAAAGGAUACAAGGGUCCAGAACAAAAUGCAUUGGGGAACUUGUUAGUUGUUUUUCUGAUCGCAGGUCUUUUCUCAGGCGUUGUACUCGAUUGGUUAUGGCUAAUUGGCAAAGGUUGGUAACAAAUUCUGCAGUGGACUACAAACAUUAUCCUACCUGUCUGCUAAUAGAUAUACUGAAUGCUAAUUUAUAUCAAUAAAGUAAACCGCCCUAGAGAGUACCUGCAAUAAACGAGAAAAAGAGUGUUGUUUCAUUGAUUGAGAAAAAGAGUGUUGUACUGAAUGCUUCCUAAGUGUUAAAGUCGCUAUUGAAUAAGAUACAACAAGAAGAAAGGAAA